CCCACACAGGAGAGCGUCCCUUUUCCUGUGACCAAUGCAGUAUAUCCUUUCGUCGCAAAACCACGCUAGCUCGGCACAUGGCAACCCAUUCCGAAGAGCGACCAUUUUCCUGUGUCUUGUGCCCUGAAUCCUUUACCCUUGAUACCUGUGCUGUUGCAGGCAAGCAGCCAUUCCUGUGCCACUUGUGUCCAGCUGCAUUUUCUGAGAACUGCAAGCUCGUGGCUCAUUUGCGCACCCACACGGGAGAACGUCCCUUUUCCUGUAGUCACUGCGAUGCAUCCUUUAAACUCAGGGGAAGCCUCAUCGCCCACAUGCGCACACAUACAGGACAGCGUCCCUUUUCGUGUGUCCAAUUCCUCAUCGUUGGAGACAUCUCCGAACCAUUCCCCGUCAUGGGUGUCAGUGCCAGUGAAACUGCAUUCCUGCCCUGA